AGACGGUGUGAGCAUUGCUCCACCACCACCACCACCGUGCGAUAGUGUGGAUGACCUGACGGUCGAAACCUGAUAAGGUUAUUUCCCGUUAGACCGCGUACAAUGAUAACACAAAGAAAAUGGAGGGACGAAAUAACCACGCACACCAUAUAUAAACGAACACACUGAACCAUUUAAUCACAUUCACACAUACAACCAAAUCAAAAUGCACUACAGAUAUUCACCACCAUCGCCGCCAAAUUCGCCGCCACCGUUUAAUAUCAAUUGGGUGCAUAACGUCGACGACGAUGAUGAUGACGACGACAACGGGUCGCCAGUGAUACUACCGAUGAGCGAGGUAGACGCUUCAGCAGCGGAAGCGGUGAGGCGAAUACAGCUGCGAAUAGAGAGGGUGUUCUCGUUAACCGACGUAGUGGAUCUAACGAUGUCUUCGGAGGAGGAGGAGUGCAGUUCAUCAUCCACGUCGAGUGUGAUGGAACUACCCGUCAGCGACGCGGAGAGCACAGACGAAGAGACUGAAAGUAGUAGCAGUGCCGGCGACGACGACGACGACACUGACGACGACGAUUGUGGCCAGUCUGUUACUCAGGUAGCUCUGGCCUUGGACAGCGUGGGAAGCAAGCUGAUCGGUCUGUAA